AUGGAGAAGCGCGCAGACCGCAAACGUUCAACUAAGAAAUCAAAGAAAUCAAAGAAAUCAAAGAAAUCAAAGGCAGGCCAUGUUGCUAUAAUACGAGAUCAUCUAGCAGAGCAGCUUGUUUCCCGCGCUAGAUAUCUCUACAAAGAGCCCUGGAACUGGCUCCAAGUGAUGGAUUUUUUGGAAGAUCUUCCUGAAUUACUCCGUCGGUUCAGGAAUAUUGGCCAAGAGGAAGCUGAAGAGCUCGGAUACAAAAUACCUAUCUGCUUCAAGGUGAGAAUUCUGCGUAUCAGCGAGGUAGUAACAAAAGUGCAUGCAAGUAUGAUGAUUCGCGGUACAGCAGAAUGGAACGAGCGUAUCGGAAAUGAAGUCGCGCCAAUUCUUGCUAAUAUGGGCUGUCAUGUUGAUAGAAUUAUUAUAGAUAGGAACGAGGACCGUCCAUAUCACCGUAUCCGGGACUUGGAUACACACUGUGGAGAGCUCUUUGUUUCUCCGGUUGUCUCUGUUAUAGAUGGGCAUAUCCCUCUCUUGCGACUAAACGGAGCCGUUGGGUCUUGGAACCGCAUGAAUAGUCUUAUUGAUGACUGCGAUUGUUUGUUGUGCUCUUCUCAGAUUGCUGAUAUGAUUAGUUAA